CGUAAUAUUAUUUGUUAAUAAUUAUUUGUCUAUUUGCCGAGUGUAUUAGCUGUGAGAGAUGAGCGCGAGUCUAAGUGAACAGUAUGAGGACAAGGUGCGUCCGUGCAUCGACCUGAUCGACUCUCUGCGCGCGCUCGGUGUGGAGAAGGACCUCGCGCUGCCCGCCAUCGCCGUGAUCGGAGACCAGAGCUCGGGGAAGAGCUCGGUGCUGGAGGCGCUGUCCGGAGUCGCGCUGCCCCGCGGGACUGGUAUUGUGACAAGAUGUCCGCUCGAGCUCAAGAUGAAGAAGAGCAGGAAGGAAAACUUCUGGCAUGGGAAGAUCAAGUAUAAGGACAAUGAGGAAGAGACUGAAGAUCCAGCAGAUAUAGAUCAAAUGAUUAGAAAAGCCCAGAAUGAAAUUGCUGGCACUGGCAUGGGCAUCAGUGACAAGCUCAUAAGCCUGGAGGUGACAUCAACCAAUGUUCCUGAUCUCACACUCAUCGACCUGCCUGGUAUUACCCGUAUAGCAGUUAAAGACCAACCAGAGAACAUUGCCGAACAAAUUAAGAAACUAAUCAAAAAGUUCAUCACAAAGCAAGAAACCAUUAUCCUUGUGGUGGUGCCAUGUAACGUGGACAUAGCCACUACUGAAGCAUUGAAGAUGGCUCAGGAUGUUGAUCCAAAUGGAUUGAGAACCCUUGGCAUCCUAACAAAGCCUGACCUGGUGGAUAAAGGCAUGGAGGAGAUGGUGGUGUCCAUAAUCAAUAACGAGGUCAUAUACCUUAAUAAGGGCUACAUGAUCGUCAGGUGCCGAGGACAGCAGGAGAUCAAGGACAGCUUCUCUCUGUCUGAAGCCAUCAGGAAGGAGAAAGACUUUUUUGAAAAUCACACACAUUUCAGCACACUGUAUAAUGAAGGAAAAGCUACCAUUCCCAACUUGGCUGAGAAACUCACACUUGAACUUGUACUUCACAUUGAGCAAUAUCUGCCAGAAUUGGAGGAUCAGGUCCUGAUGAAGUUGGCUCAAAUUCAGGCUGAACUGGAUCGUUAUUGCUUAGGGCCUCCUACAGAACAAGAACAACGAAUCGGCUUUCUGACUGAUAAAAUUACAGCAUUCACUCAGGAUGCCAUCAAGAUGACAACUGGAGAGGAGAUGAAGAGCAUGCUUCAAAUAAACAUCUUUGCAACUCUGAGGAAGCAGUUUGCUCUCUGGGAGAAUGAUCUAGACAAUUUUAGAGAGACCUUUAACAAAAGGAUUGAGAAGGAACUGCAGAAUUAUGAGGAAAAAUACAGAGGCAGAGAGUUUCCAGGCUUCCUCAGCUGCAAGGCCUUUGAAAUGUUAAUGAAGGUUCAGAUCAAGCAACUGGAGGAACCUGCUAUCAGAAGACUUAAGGAUAUCUCAGAUCUCAUUAAGAAAGAAUUCAUCCAACUAGCUCAAUCAAGCUUUCCAGGUUUUCGUAAUCUUCUCAUAAUGGCAAAGACCAAAAUUGAGAACAUAAAGCUGGUAAAGGAAUCAGAGGCUGAAUCAAUGCUGAGGACCCAGUUUAAAAUGGAGCUGAUGAUCUAUACCCAAGACAGCAUAUAUAAGGAUAACCUGUACAUGAUGAAGGUCAGGGAGGAAGAAGAAGAGAGAAAAACGCUUGGUGUGGCUCUACCUGCUUCUCAUAAUUUGUACGAUUACUCUGACAAAGAAGCCGUUCUUGAGGAACUGAUGCGCCACUUGAAGUCCUACUACAGUAUUGUGACUAGGCGUCUGGCUGACCAGGUUCCGCUGGUGAUAAGGUACAUGGUUGUUCAGGAGUCUGCAGAACAACUGCAGAGAGAAAUGAUACAACUCAUAAAGGAUAAAGUCAAUGUUGAUGAGCUGCUGAAAGAAGAUCAUGACAUCACCAGCAAAAGGAACAACUUGAAAAGCCGUCAGAAGCGGCUGAGAGAUGCUCUCACUUACCUGGCUGACUUUUAGAGC